AUGCGAGCGACCACCUCGUCGUCGUCCCCGGCCCUCGUCUACGCCCUGGUCGUCGCAUUCCUCCUCUCUUCGACGCUGCUCGACACCUCGUCCGCGCUCGCGUAUAUGCUAAGCGCUUCAUUGGCACGCGCAGCGAGCAGCGAAUUGGUCCACGACACGCCACUGGACCCACCGCUGAUCCAGGAUGCACUGUCCCGCAGCGGCGCCAAGGGUGCUGAACCUCUCCGCCCCGUUGCAGCGACGACAACAACCACAACGACGACUGCGGCAGGCGCCGUGGGGUCAGACUCGUUCCGACUUCCACCGCCGAUUCGACACGUGCGCCCGCUGCGGUCGGCGGGCGCUUCGCCGCUCUCGUCUCCGCGCUUCGCAUCGCCGGCCUCUCCGGCGCAGUCAGACCGCGCGUCGUCGGUGGAGAUGUCGGUCUACCACUCGGCCGCAUCCACACCGCGCUCCGACGAUGUCGGCGAGAGGCAGAGGACACUUCGACAGCCCCUCCUCGCGUCUCCCCGCUCCGAAGAGGGCCAGCGAUCCGAUCGCUUCCGCGCGCUGUCGUUUGCGAUGCCGGAAUCGCCGCAGAAGCAGGUUCAGUCACCUGCGGCCUCGGGCGGAACGAGUGAAGUCAUUCCGUCUCAACGUGCUGCGUAUGCGCAAUCGGAUGGAUCGCCACCGACAACAGCGGCGGCGUCAUCGCAACGGCAGCAACCAAACGGACAAGUCGACACCACCGCCACCACAACUGCAGAGGACGGAACGAAGACGACAGCAGCGGACCGAGGGGACGACGCGGCGGCGACGACGACCGCGGCGACGACGGCGGACAAGACGGAUUCGGGCUGGAUGGGUCUGGGCGUCCCGCGCAAAGCGGCGAUAGGGGCCUACGCCUCGCUCACGGCUUCCGGUGCGGGCGCCCUCGCGCUCACCUACCAGGCCGAGAGCAUCGUACAAAAGUACAAGGAAAGCCGCAUCAAAGAGCACGAUGCGAGGAAAAAGUGCAGGGAUCAAAAGAAGAAUGCUCCUGCUGCUGCUGACCAGGCGGGAGGGGUUAAGAGGCGAGGGCUCAACGAAAAGGCCUUGGCGUGGCUGCUGAUGCUCCCUGCUCCGCCCCCUCUGGGUAUCUCGGCGGGCACGACGCGCAGGGAGGACUACGGCAAGGCAGCUGCGGCAACCGAGGGGCUGUUUGCGGCCGGUCUGGGCGUCGGGAGCGUCGUCUACUCGAUCAAGGCGGCCGAUAGGCUGUACGACAUUUCCCUCUGUGGCGAAAAGGACGAGUGA